CGAUUAGUGAUCGCUCUAGACUUCAUACCUGGCCCGCGAGCAUUUUUGAUCUUGCUGUGUUUAAGGUUUGAAGUGUAUAACAGCGACAACAGCUGGCCUAAACAGCUCAGUUCGCUCGCGGCUACAGGCAACAAAAGAGCGGUAGCUAGCUCGUGACCCAUGGUGCUAGUUGUGUAUACACGUACAUAAUGUAAAUAAAGAUGUGCGUAGGCACCACAAUAACGAUGAAAAGGCCAACAACGGCAACAAAACAGCUGAUCUGCUCAACCUUAAAUAUUUGUAUUUUGUGCAGUGUUUUCGUUUGUGUGUUUGGUCGCAAAGCGGUGAAACCACCUGAUGACGUUGGUGCUGUAUUGAAGCGUGUUGAGACCGAUGAUGCGGCGUCGGAGAAUACGCCGACACACAACGCACUGCCAUGCAGCAUAGAUACGCAAUAUGAUUUGCCGAAACCGAACCUACCGCAGCCGCUGUAUGUUCGUCCAAACUCAACGGAGUACUGGCUGCCAAACGAAGGCGGUUUCAUUGAGGUGCCACACGACAGCAGCAUAGAGUUGAUCUGCACAGCACCUUUCGCAAAUGCCACCACAAAUACUGCGGGUAUAUCACGCAAGAAGCGUGUCAUCCGCCCGCGUUGCUUACAAGGCACCACAUUCACGCUGAACGGCGAAAAGUACGAAUUUCGGCAAUUUUUGUGUACGCAGCGGGUGAAAUAUACUGUCGAGCGCACAGCGAAAACUUGCGCGAAUAAUAGCGCUCAGCUGUAUCGCGUCGGCUACAAUUUGACGAGGACACAUUUCCUUGAAACCAUGCAAGUCUGUCACGACGACGACGAACUGCGCACGCAUUAUGUGCGUUACACGCUCCAACCGGCCAAUCAAUAUUAUCAGCCGGGUGUAAAGCGUUUGAACUUCUCGAAAGCUAAGCAUUUCACGCAAUACGAUAUGAAUUACUUAUACUCUCAAAGGAAUCAACAACAACAGGCCACACAGUUAUUAGGCAGCGAAGCGCAUGCACAAACAUGUUUCGAUAAGAAAUCGCUCUUUCUAUCACGCGGUCAUCUGGCUGCCAAAGCCGAUAUGAUCUAUGCGACACAGCAGCGUACCACAUAUACUUUCUUCAAUGUCGCACCUCAGUGGCAAUCGUUCAAUGGCGGACAAUGGGCCACACUGGAGGAGCGCGUGCGCGCCUUUGUCAAAAAAUUGAAGCAAACAGUGAUCUGCUAUACCGGCACUGUGGGCGUAAUGCAUUUGAGAACAGCCAGCGGCAAUAUGCGUCAGCCUUACUACUUGUCUUACGAUAAGAAUAAUAACGGUUUGUUGCCGGUACCUGCUCUGUACUUUCGUAUCAUUGUGGCUGCAGCUGAACGCGCUGGCAUCGUAUUGCUGAGCACUAACGACCCAUUUGCUACAAUGCGCGAAAUACACGAGGAAUAUGUGAUUUGUACGGAUGUGCGUGAACAAGUGCCUUGGCUCAAAUGGAUGCAGAAUCGGGAAGGGAGCUCGAAAAGCGGUUACUUGUAUGCCUGCAGAGUGGAUGAGUUCAUAAAAAUGGUCCCGAUUCUGACGGCGGAACUCGCUCAUGUGUCUGAGUUGUUGGUAUAAAGUUAACGGAGGCUGAGACGCUGACUGUAACGCGCGUAUGACAAAAGCUUAUAUCAAGAAACAGUUAUUUGUUCGGGAAAAGCCCACUUCUGAAUCUUUAUGACGAAUACUGUCGUAAUGAAAAUUAGCUGCUCCAAUUUUGUUAUUAACAGUGCAAUCAAAAUAGUUGAAUAGUAUAAUUUUUUCUUAGUUUGUAAUUUAUUAAAAGAAAUUCUGUGAAUGAAUAUGUAGAUCUCGAGAAAUAUAUAAAGAGAACUAAUAAUUAGAGACAGUCAAUAGUAAACUGUACUUUUUUAUUCUGCACAGGCUGAAGUGUAAAUUUUUAAUAAUACCAAAGGUAUGUCUUUAGAUAUCUAAUCC